UACAGUUGGAGAGUCAUCUCCCCAAUUCCGGGUUCCAUCAAAAGAUAAAAAUGAAGAGAAUUUUGAGCCUCUUAAUUUGAACAUCCGGCAAGUGUUGGCUGAAGGUGAACCCCAUCAGGAACCAACUCUAAUGUACACUGAGAAUCAUGCAGAAGAUAGGAUUGAAGGAACUCAUAAUAUAGAACAUCAAUUCAUUCCAAGUUCUAAUGGGAGGUCUCCAGUUCAUCAGAUUAACCAAAGAGACAACCCAGAAUCUAAAAACCUCUCAUCAUUAAGGAAUGGCUCAGAUGAGGAGAUUUAUGUCUCACUGCAGCUAGGUGAGCCUGGGCCGAAGAUUAGAAAGCUCUCUGGUUCUUUGUUUACAAUUGAAGAUUUAAAAUGAAAGAAGGGAAUUUCUUCAGAUUGCUUGGAGGCAUCAUCUCAUGAAGAUGAGAUCACACAUGCAGUUGCCUCUCCUGUUUAUCUACAAAUUGUCCUGCCUCUCAAUUCUACAUUGUAAGUAUAUUUAAAUGGCAAAAGAACUAUUUAAAGUUUAUGCCUCUCACCUCGGUGGAUCAUUGUUUUUGUUUUUCUCCAAAUCCUCUGUUCAAGUUGCCAUGGUGAGUUAGAUAUGAGCCAUACAGUUUUUAGUAGAAAAAUAACAAGGUAGUGUUAAUGAAAUGCUUUGAUUGUACCAUAAGCACUCCCAAAGUUGGGAGUAUGAACAGCUAUCCAAAAUUAGAAAAGGAAAAAGCUUGUUCAUCUACAUUAUCAUAAAAGGUUCUCCUUUUCUUUCAUGUUAUAAAUGUAGUCUACAGUCUGAGUUAAGUGAAGCACUUUGUCAUUUUUCUGAUGUUAUUGCAGGCAAUCGAACCAACUUCUUUCUCUGUUGUUUUAAAUUAAGCAUUUUCAACUCU